GCUUGGACAUCACCCUUUUUGCACUACAAGAUGCCUCUUCUCCAGGCACUAGUGAGAUGCAGCCUUACUACCUUGUUCCUGGGGCUCUGCCUACAACUAAUCACUGGGCAAGAUGAUAACGAGCGGAAACCAUUUAUUGUGAAGAUGUCCACAAUGCCAAGUGGUAAAAGCAAUGAAACGGUUGAAAUCGUCUGUUCUGUUUCAACUCAAGCAAGAGAAUGUAUACCAUUUAGGUUCUUUCUUAUGACCUCCAGAAAGACUGACUGUUAUCCUGAGCCUUAUACAUACGAAGCCUGUAUGUGCCAAGAGGACAAUGAAAGGAAAUUCUACUGGAACUUCUGCAGCCAACGUACUGUAGGUGUAGCCUGUGUGGCUGAAGCUAUUAAUCGGACAGACCUCUGUGAAGGAAUUGGUUAUAUUCCUGUAAAAGGCAAUAGGAGUUAUGACCAUGAAGCCUAUAUUGUAAAGAAAUGAAUCGGACGCCUGUUCUCACACUCUCUGGCUGGCCACCCUAUGGAGAGAUAGAUACCUUGGGGAUGAGCAUCCAAGGCCAAUGUGGUCUGGGAGAUCAACAUCCUACAGACUUUCCUGCCUUUCUGAGUUAUUCCCAUCAUGUUCUGUUUUUGCUUUGUUAGCUUUUCCCCCACAAUACCCGCACUUAUACCUAGACCUUAUAAUAAACUUGACU